AAACGAACAUCACUAUAUAGUAUAUACAUUGUGUUCGUGUGAUUGGGUGUGUGGGUGAUAUAACCGUAGGAGUGAAGGAAGGUUCGAUGUGAUGGUAUUUGAUGAAUCGGAGUUAGUAAAGAAGUUUGUCAAUCUCAACGGCAAACAGCUAAGCAUAGAAACCUUGUCCAGAUGGCUAAUUCAUCAUCGAAAACAUCAUGCAAGUAUUGUGCGCGUUUGGUUGUCAUUCUUUGAGAAAGGAUGUCCAAAGAAAAAAAUUGUGUACAUGUAUCUCGCAAAUGACAUUAUUCAGAGAAGUAGAAGAAAAGGCCCUGAAUUUGGCCAGUCAUUUGAAAGAGCACUCAGAAAAGCAUUUGAAAAAUUAUCAUUACCACAAUCUGAUGAAGACACAAGAAACAGAAUUUACAGGUUAUUGAAGAUAUGGGAAGACAGACAUGUUUACCAUGAAACUGUAAUUAAUGAUUUCCGGAAAGUAUUAGAAAAGAGGAGCCAUCUAUCUCCACCAUUAUCUGAUGCUUCCCAAUCACAAGCAACCUAUCAGAUUGAGGUUCAGACAAAGCGGCAGCCUAUACCUUAUGAGCCGACACCUGUAAUUCCAUCACGGACAGGAAAAUAUUUCGUGUAAACUGUUUUAUCAUGUCACAAGAUAGUUCAGCUUCAUUCGGCAUCAUUAAGAAAUUAGUGUGUUUGUAUCUAAACACAAGGACGCACACUGUAAAAAAAUCAUGUUAUACUGUUAAUAGAAUUGUGAUUAAAUUUGGCUGUAUCAAUCAUUUGUAGUUAGUAAUUGUUUAAAUAUUGUGGAGAUGAUAUUUAAUUUGUGUAAUUUUAGUUAUUGAACUGUAAUGCACCAGUGUAUUCCAAGCUUAGUUUGUUUUUUUGCUUAAGCAUUUAUCGUAUUACUCAGGUCUAGAAAGACUGCUUUUAAAAGCGGUGCUUAAAAAUUAUACUUUGGUGGCUACACGCUUCAUUGUGCAUAAAGGAAUUUGACCAUGACUUAGUGUCUUGUCAUGUAUUUAAUCAAUAAUAUUCCUGUUAUAUAGGAUGUGAAGUUAUGCACAAAUGUAAAAUAUCUUUUUGUACAUGUUUAGUCUUCCAGAGUGAAACAUUUAUAACAGUUUUUUGAAAUAAACAAUUAUGUUUAUGUAAAAUA